CCAGAUAUAUCACACACGCUGAAAUUUUGAUGAAUAGCAUCGAACUAUAACUGGUUCGUUGCCUAUAUCUACGCCUAAAUUCAGGAAGCUCGGUUCACAAACCCAAGAAGGCAGGAGCAUCAUAUCACUGAAACUUCCAUCCAAUCCAGCUAACAGUCUAACACGCACGAUAAAUAUACAGUCGCUGCCGUAGAAAUGGGCGCUGUAAAUAUCUGGAACGCCAUGGAAGUUGCAGAGGGAGCUAGCAACGGCCAGACCUCCGGUAUUCCGUCGUCGCAUCUCACCAUCGAUCACUCGCUUUCUAUUCCCGAGAUGAAGCCUCGCCUCGUGGAGCUGUGCAAGGUUCUUUUCAAGAAAUGGCCAAAUUUGGAUGCUUCUCACUUGUCUGUUGAGACUGUUUCUGGUGGCAUCACAAAUCUGUUACUGAAAGUAUCCAUAAGGGAAGAUAGUAGCAAAACUGUGGAUCUGAUGGUUAGAUUAUAUGGACCUAAUACUGAAUACGUCAUCAACCGUGAAAGAGAACUUCAGGCCAUUCCAUACCUCUCAGCUGCAGGGUUUGGUGCCAAGUUGCUUGGAGUUUUUGGGAAUGGCAUGGUUCAGUCAUUUAUUCAUGCAUGUACCUUAACACCCUCAGACAUGAGAAAACCAAAGCUAGCAGCUGAAAUUGCAAAACAACUACACAAGUUCCAUCAGGUGGAAAUUCCAGGCUGCAAGGAACCUCAACUUUGGCAUGACAUAUUCAAGUUCUUUCAAAAGGCAUCAACUCUUGAGUUUGAUGAUAGUGAGAAGCAAAGAAAGUUUAAGACAAUCUCAUUUGAAGAAGUCCAUAAUGAAGUCAAUGAGCUUAAGGAAUUGACUAGUCACCUUAAUGCUCCAGUGGUUUAUGCUCAUAAUGAUUUACUUUCUGGCAAUUUGAUGCUCAAUGAGGAAGAAGGAAAACUCUAUUUCAUUGACUUCGAGUAUGGAUCCUAUAACUAUAGAGGUUUUGACAUAGGGAAUCACUUCAACGAGUAUGCUGGCUAUGAAUGUGAUUACAGCUUGUACCCAACAAAGGAUGAGCAGUACCAUUUCUUCAGGCACUAUUUAGAACCUGAAAGACCAUACGAGGUCUCUGAGAAAGACCUUGAGGCUCUAUAUGUCGAGACCAGUACUUACAUGUUAACAUCUCAUUUGUAUUGGGCUUUGUGGGCCCUAAUCCAGGCAAAAAUGUCUCCGAUUGAAUUUGAUUACCUUGGUUAUUUCUUCCUGCGUUUCAACGAGUACAAAAGUCAGAAAGAAAGGUGCUGUUCCUUGGCAAAAGCAUACCUCUUGGGUUCUAAGAAAUAACAAACCUUUUUAUUAGCAAAUUUAUGUGUUGUCAUUUGACUGGAAAUCUACUUGAGGCCUCUGCUUUUCAUUUGAAGUGAAGUGUUGUUUUCUGGGUGUUGUAGCUGGUCAGGGCACUUCAAACAAUCCUCAUAUUUUUUUUAUUAAUUUUACUUUUCCCUUUCCUUUUAUAUAUUAUCAUGAUUGAUGAA